AUGAACAACAAGCGUUAUGACGACGGAGAAACCAUCCCGAUCUUAUUUGACACGAACAUAAAAAAGGUUGACCUCUUUGUUGGCCAAGCUAUGAACGAUAGAAAAUUAAGGUGGUUUCUGAUCCAAAGCGAUACUGAUUUAGAUACUGAUUGGGAGGCCCAGUACGAUAUCUACAACGUGACCGAGAACAUGGAGGAUUGCAUUUAUACGUUCGCGAUUCGGGACAGCAAAGCAGGCGGGACACUGGCGAGAUCUCAAUACGUAAACGUCAGCGCGCCCGAAGAGACAAAAACUAUUACUGCACCCAUAGCAUCGACGACUCUCACCACGGAGACCACUGCAAGCACGACAGAUGCCACCUCGAGCGAAGAAACAAAUGCUAUAUCAGAGUCUAGUUCGAAACCCGGGCUAUCGCGAGGUGGUAUCGCAGGUGUAGCAGUCGGUGCCACAAUCGGAAGCAUAUUACUUCUGGGGGGUAUCGGAUGGAUGAUUUGGAGAAGACGAGCAAGAAGGAAAGAUGACGCGACGCCAAGAGAGAUUGCUGGAAAUUCCAUCCAAGAAUACCCUAACUCUGAGAGACCGAAGAGUGAGCUACCCGCUGAGCCUACCGCCGUUUUCCCAGAGAGUCCUAGAAGUCCCCCUGGAUUCUACGAGGCACCGUAA